AAAUAAACAAAAGAUAAAUUGUUUAAGCGGUUUAAGGCCGACAGUAAUCAGUACUUUACUACUGCGGAAAUAAUCAAACUUAUCGGUCAAUUAUAAUUGUAUGGAUCUUUGUCUUUAUUGAGAUUAAAUUAACCGCUGACUGAUAGAUUUUUUUUUAUUUCUUUACCUUAAUUAUUUUUUACUAGAAAUAUUUUUUUUAUGUUGCAGUAAAUCACUCAAGACAUCAUGAUGGCAUUACUUGAAAUAAUCACCGGGGUCCUAUUGGCGAUUUGGGCCUACGCGACAAGCUAUCGGCCCCAUUGGCUUUUUUCUAAAGUAGCGAAAACUGAGCUUAUCACUAAACUGGAUUUUAUUUCAGAAAAGAUUCCCGGACCCGUGCCGAUACCAGUUCUCGGGACCAGGUGGAUCUUUUCGUGGUUUGGACGCUACCAAAUGGAUAAAAUUCACGAUGCAUACAAAGACAUGAAUCAAAGGUACGGACCGUUGUGCAAGGAGGAAGCGCUGUGGAACCAUCCAAUUAUAUCAGUAUUUUCACGGCAUGACAUUGAGCUGGUGAUACGCCGGGGCUGCAGGUACCCGAUGCGCCCACCUCAGGAGGUCAUAUCAUCUUACCGACGAUCUCGUCAAGAUCGUUACACCAAUCUUGGCCUUGUCAACGAGCAGGGGGAAACAUGGCACAAAUUGCGAGAAGCUCUUACGCCAGAGCUCAUGGGAGCCAGCACAGUCCUCGGAUUUUUCCCCGCCCUCAAUCAAGUAUCUGACGAACUGAUUGAUCUCAUAAAUUAUCACAGGACCGGAGAUACUGUCCACUCUUUCGAAGACAUCGCGUAUAAAGUUGGUCUUGAGACUACGUGUACGUUAAUUCUCGGAAGACAUUUGGGAUUUUUAACGCCCAAUUCGAGUUGUCUUACUGCGAGGUUGGCCAGAGCCGUGAGAAUACAUUUUACUGCUUCUCGCGAUGCAUUUUACGGAUUACCGCUUUGGAAAAUAUUACCCACAAAGGCUUACAAACAAUUGAUCGAGAGUGAGGAUGAAAUUUACAGCAUUAUUUCCGAGCUGCUGGAUACAACAAUAAGAGAACAGAAUGAAAACGCGCAUGAUGAACCAGUGGAGGCCGUUUUUCAGUCCAUUUUGAGGGAGAAAAAUCUUAAUAUCAAGGACAAGAGAGCUGCUAUUGUCGAUUUUAUAGCUGCUGGAAUACACACGCUAGGUAACACCCUGGUAUUUAUCUUCCAUUUAAUUGGAAGCAACUCGGCGGUCCAGAAAGAGCUUUACGAAGAAGUUAUAAACCUGGCUCCAGCAGGCUGCGAUAUCGCGGCUGAAGAUCUCAACAGUGCAAAAUAUUUACGCGCCUGUAUCACUGAAGCGUUUCGGGUAAUCCCCACGACACCUUGUAUCGCAAGAAUUUUAGACGAACCAAUUAAGCUGUCUGGCCGCGUAGUGGAGGCGGGUACUGUUGUUCUUUUGCACACGUGGAUAGCAGGUUUACAGGACUGUAAUUUCAAGAAUGCCAAGGAAUGGGUGCCCGAGAGAUGGCUGAGCCCCCUCACACCCCACAGCCCGCUUCUAAUGCAGCCUUUUGGGUUCGGACGCAGAAUAUGCCCCGGCAAGCGGUUCGUCGAGAAGGCGCUCCAACUAAUUGUCUCUAAAGUAGUACGUCAAUACGAAAUAGUCGCUAAAGACGAGCUGCAAUUGCAGUUUGAGUACAUUCUUGCACCCAAGGGUCCCAUUUCCCUUGACUUCAAAGAUCGCCAAAUUACACACUAAUUAUUAGUUUAUUAUUAAUUUAGUCACUAAUUAUUCUUCUUCACUUCAUUCUUUAUCUUCUUCUUAUCUGAUCUUUUCAUCAUUUGUAUGUAUAUUUAAAAAAAAAAAUUUUUUUUCUUCUACAAGUACUUUCACAAUUUCAUUUAACUAACUAUUUAUUGUUACUCAACUCCAUUUUAUCGUAGUUACACUUUCAUACUCGCCAAUUAAUCUUAUUAAAUCACUGCAUGUAUAAAUAUUUCAUAAUUUCCAUUUUAGUUAAUUUUUUUUCAUUGCGAAAACAUUUUUUUUACUCCGUUUACUAAAUUUAUUCAUGAUAAAAAAUCAUUAAAAUGUCUGUCUGUAAAAAAGAUA